CCCGUGCUGCACAGCGGCCUUCCUUUUUCUCUUCCGGUCCGAGGCGCUUCGGGAGCCGCGGGCUUUGGUGCAGACAUGGCCAAGUCCAAGAACCACACCACGCACAACCAGUCACGAAAAUGGCACAGAAAUGGCAUCAAGAAACCCCGGUCACAAAGAUACGAAUCUCUUAAAGGGGUAGACCCCAAGUUCCUGAGGAACAUGCGCUUUGCCAAGAAGCACAACAAAAAGGGCCUGAAGAAGAUGCAGGCCAACAAUGCCAAGGCCAUGAGUGCACGUGCCGAGGCUAUCAAGGCCCUCGUCAAGCCCAAGGAGGUCAAGCCCAAGAUCCCAAAGGGUGGCAGCCGCAAGCUAAAUCGACUUGCCUACAUCGCUCACCCCAAGCUUGGGAAACGUGCUCGUGCCCGCAUUGCCAAGGGUCUCAGGCUCUGCCGGCCAAAGGCCAAGGCCAAGGCUCAGGCUCAGGUUCAAACCAAGGCCAAGGCUCAGGCUCAAACCAAGGCCCAGGCUGCAGGUGCAACUCCUGCUUCAACUCCAGCUCCUGCUGCAGCUCAGGCUCCCAAAGGUGCCCAGGCCCCCACAAAGGCUCCAGUGUAGAGGCUUCUGUCUCAGUGUGAGGGUGGAAGGACUGGUGUGACCCCUGGGCUUCUAUAUGUGGGGCUGGUGUCCUCCUGUGCUAUUUGUACAAAUAAACCUGCGGCAGGAUCUGUC